AUGAACUGUCGAAAUUGGGCAUAUAUUAGUGCCUUGCUUCUGGCAUUUGUUCAACUCGCAUACUCGUCAAUUGGUACCCAGCGGAUAACGCGGAUAGGCAAGUACCUCUACGAUGCGAAUGGAAAUCGUUUCUAUAUCAAAGGAGUCGCCUUCCAGGCUACAAAGCUCCCGAUUACAAAGCGUGGUGGGCUCAACCAAGCCGACUCGAUUGAUCCAUUGGCAGACAUCAACGCCUGUAAUCAGGCCAUUAAGAACUUCAAAAGGCUGAAGAUCAACACAAUAAGAGUUUACUCUUAUGAUCCCGAGAUAAAUCAUUCCGCUUGUAUGAAUGCGUUAGAAAAAUCUGGAAUAUAUGUUAUAGCGGACAUAAACCCUUCCUUGGGUGUAGCCUCAUGGGAUGUUGACAUGCUUACACAAAGUAUCAAUAGAAUUGAUUCUCUCCGAUCUUUUCCUAACCUUUUGGCUUUUAACAUUGGGAAUGAGAUGAUCACAAACAUUGAGAAUUUAGAGGCGGGACCUUACAUCAAGGCACGCGCUAGGGACGUAAAAUUAUAUCUGAAAUCCGUAAACUCGACGGCAUUAGUGUCUUACGCCUCAGCAGAUGGAAAAAAGCUUCCAGCAGAGCUUGCCAGAUUUUUUUCAUGUCACUCUAGUGGUCCAUCAGCAGAAAUUGACCUGUUUGGAGUUAACAACUACAGAUGGUGUGGUGAGAGCAACUUCGAAUCGGCAUAUGAAGAGCUUACAUUGGAGUUUCAAGGAUUGUCAAUUCCUGCAUUCUUAUCGGAGUUUGGAUGCCUAAACCCAGGAAAAAAUCGGGGUUGGGGUGAGGUUUCUGCCCUCUUUUCAACAUUAAUGUCCGACGUGUGGUCGGGCGGGAUAGCAUAUAACUAUUACCCAACUGCACAGGGAUAUGGUCUUUUGGAUCAUUCCGAGGGGAAAUUGCUGAGAAACAAAGACUUUGAGAUCCUGUCUGAGCGGUAUCAACAAGUCAAGCCUCCCAAUAUGCCCAAGUUGACAUCCUUAGCUGUCCCAAGGCAAAAAUAUCAGACCGCAUUUUCCUGUCAGGUCCGGAAGGAUGCUUCUCCUAUCGUAAUUUCUGAGCUUCUGGAUACCGUUUGCAAGGCCUUAGGAAAUUCGAUCCCUCCGUCUGGAUCGGUGGAAGGCUGUGCUUCAAUCUCAUCAUCACCAAGCAAAGGAACUUAUGGAAUUUUGUCAGCUUGUUCAACCACCACCAGGCUCAAUUAUGCCAUGACUCGCUACCUCAUCAACUCUGGACUUGAUAAGAAAGCCUGCGACUUUUCGGGGAACGCUACUUAUCUGAAUCUAAUCAAGAUGAAAUCAGUUGCAGAAGUUGAUAAAGAAGUUGGAAGAUGCUUCCAGAUUAAUGCAAAUAAGAUCCCUCGUAGUAAGGCAAUUGCAGCAUCACAAAACGCACCUGCCCAGAUAAGCUCGAAUGCCUACAAAAACUCCAUUUCGGGAGCACGGGGCAAAGCAGGAGCUACUUCUUCAGCAAUUUCCUCUAGAUCAAUUUUGGCCAUUGUGCAUCAUGAUAUUCUAUUCUAG